AUGGGAGCAGGAUAUGGUACAUUCAAGUCGGGAAUCGGUAUUGCCGGUAUGGGAACUUUCCGCCCUGAGCUGAUGAUGAAGGCGCUCAUCCCCGUCGUCAUGGCCGGUAUUAUCUCUGUCUACGGACUGGUCAUCUCUGUCCUGAUUGCAGGAGCAUUACUCCCUUCAGGAUACUCACUCUACACUGGAUUCGUCCACCUCGGCGCAGGUCUGUCUGUCGGUCUUACAGGAUUAGCUGCUGGAUAUGCCAUUGGCAUCGUAGGCGACGUGUGCGUCCGUGGGUAUGCAUACCAGCCAAGACUGUUUGUGGCGAUGGUGUUGGUCCUCAUUUUCGCAGAAGUCUUGGGACUCUACGGAUUGAUUGUUGGACUUAUCUUGAACACUAGGACCAACAACCAGUGCUAG